UACAGCUGGGCUAGUGACGCGGAGCUGCCGCCGCCGCCGCCGCGUUCUAUUUUCUUUUUUUCUCCUCAGCCGGCAACAGCCUGCGCCCUGCCUCCCGCCGCCUCCUCCCGCAGCGCCGGCCAGCUGCAGCCAGACAAGGGCACGCGGGGCACGCGGGGCCUCGCCUACACCCGAGAGGGCUACGGGCGCGCGCAGGCGGCGGAGCGGAUCCCGGCGCCGCGGAAGCUGCGAGCGCCCCCCUCCCGGAGGUCGCCGCGCCGUUCCCGGGGUGAAUCUACACCUGGCUGACUUUAGAAUCCUUCUGGCUUUUAAUUAUUUUCUUUUUAAAAUAACUUGGACGGAUAAAAGAUGUGCCAUGGCAGGAUAGCACCAAAGAGCACCUCAGCGUCUGCCGUGGCCUUUGUGGGACAUGGAGUGUUCCUUCCACUGGUGAUCCUUAGCACCCUCCUUGGAGACGGACUUGCCUCAGUGUGUUCCCUGCCCCCGGAGCCAGAGAAUGGUGGCUACGUCUGCCACCCCCGGCCCUGCAGAGACCCCUUGAACUCGGGCAGUGUCAUCGAGUACCUGUGUGCUGAAGGCUACGUGCUAAAGGGCGAUUACAAAUACCUGACGUGUAAGAAUGGCGAAUGGAAACCAGCCAUGGAGAUUAGCUGCCAUCUUAACGAGGAGAAAGACACCAAGACAUCAAUUGGGGUCCCCACACUGUCCAUCGUGGCUUCCACUGCCAGCUCCGUGGCACUCAUUCUCCUCCUUGUGGUGCUGUUUGUGUUGCUGCAGCCAAAGCUGAAGUCUUUCCAUCAUAGCAGGCGUGACCAGGGGGUAUCUGGGGACCAGGUCUCCAUCAUGGUGGAUGGAGUCCAAGUUGCACUACCGUCAUAUGAGGAGGCUGUGUAUGGCAGUUCCGGUCACUGUGUGCCGCCGGCUGACCCCAGAGUGCAGAUUGUGCUGUCAGAGGGGUCUGGGCCUAGUGGGAGGAAUGGGCCAAGGGAGCAGCAGCUACAGGACCAGGGAGCUUGCUCCUCUGCAGGUGGAGAGGAGGAGGCCCCGGGCCAGUCUGGACUGUGCGAAGCCUGGGGCUCCCGGGGCUCAGAGACUGUGAUAGUGCAUCAGGCAACCACCUCUUCCUGGGUGGCCGGCUCAGGGAACAGCCAACUGGCACACAAAGAAGCCCCGGAUUCAGAGAACAGUGACAUACAAAGCCUCUUAUCCCUCACAUCGGAGGACUACACAGACGACAUCCCGCUGUUGAAAGAAGCAUGAGGUUUGCCACCGGCCUCUCUCCUCUGCAAUGGUCCUCUCUGCCCUUCUUCCUCUCCCUGUGCCCGGCUAUCUGAGCUGCCACCUGUGGAUCUGUGGAUCUCUGAGGGCAUGCAGGCCCACCUUGCUGGAAACUCAAGGAAGAUUCUUGCCAUCUGCCUGCUUGACAGCUGGAGGAACUGGCUUUUUGCCUGGUCCAGCCUUCCCAUCUGUGUCGGGAACAUGUUUGAAUGUGCCGGACUGAACCCUUCCUUUCCCUGAGGCCUCUGGGAGCCCUCCAGCCAACUCUUUGGCGGCCGCCCCCACCAGCCCACAUGGGCCAGAGAACCGCUGUGUUUACUUGUGCCUUCCCCCCACCUCGUCCAGGUCCCCUGUCACGCAGGCCUGUUGCUCUCCUACAAGCCUUAGUGGCUGCACUGCUGCCCCUGCCACACAAGGGGUCGGCCUGGGUCUGGCUUGUUUCCUUUGAGGGCUUACCAGGAGCAGAUCCAAGAGUGGAAGCUGGGGAGACAAGAGGGACUCUAACUGGAGCAAGAGUGUGGGUCCCUGGGCCUGCCCUUGGUUGACACGGGUGGCACGUUUUCUUGGCUGGGGACGGAGCAUGUGGGAAAGCCUGCCAAAGCUGACCCAGCACCCGGCUGUCCAGCUCAGGUGCCAGCUCCUGGCCCUGCUGUGUUGAGCUUCCAGGAGAUUCCAAGGGAGGGCAGGAGGUGGCUGGUAACGGUUGUCUUCCCAAUAUGCACGUUCGCGCCUCCUACUUCAGCGUGGCUUCCUGGCCUCCGCUUUUCUUUCCCUGGAGUAUAAGGGGAAGCCGCAUGCUGCCUCCUGGGGUUUAUGCGGGCAGCCUGCUACCUUGCUGCCCACAGAGUUCUGAGGGGAAUCAUCCCUGGGACAGGAGCUCGCUGAGAUGCCAGGGACUGUCCAUCUGGUCACUGACAGGGCAAGUUGCCCGUUCUGGGUUCGUGGUGACGGAGGGGAACCUGAGAGAUACAGACUAAGUCCCCAGGCAGCUGCAGGCAGCGCCAGCCCAGUCCUGAGGGUCCGCCUCACCACAGUCACGUGCCUUAGUAACUGGUCCAGGAAGCGUCCUGCUGCUUGCUGCACUGCUGCUUUUCUUACUCUUGCCCUCCCCUGCUGUCCCCUCCUGCUCACAGCUGACAGAUGACUCCCUGGUCUUCUUGGGCACGGGGGAGGGGCUGAGAGGCAGUCCUCAACCCCACAGACACACCUUGCAGGCUGCCUGUGGGUGAAGGGUUGCAGAGCAGCCUGGCACCUGGCCCUGGUGGUGAAGGAGUGGGCUCCAUGCUCCAGAUGCUUCUGCUCCAGCUCUCAGUUCUCAGCCACGUCAUGAAUGCUGACAAGGCUGGGUGGCAGAGCUCAGGCAGGCUGCUUCCAUCUUUAAAAGACGUGGCAUUUAUUUUUGUUUCUGAAACAUUGGGGCUGGGGAACUUCAGAGGUGCCCACCCCCCAUGCUGGCCCUCCGCUCCUUCCCCGAGCCUCUUGGGUGGUAAAAGUAAUGAAGAGCCCAAUAUAUUUUCAAUACCUGACCAAGCAGGGUAGCUCUAGGAGUGGGUGGCCUGGAAGAUUAGGGGAAUGGCCUCCUCUCAGCCUCCUGCCUCCACUCUCACACGCACUUUACUAUUCGCUCGUUCCUGGCCUCUUUCUGCCCCUGCUGUCUUCCUUUCUCUCAGGGUAAGGGCAGUGCCUGCUGUGCCUGUUAGCCACUCCUCCCCACCCCCCUCACCCCGGAGCCUGCGAAUUCUGUGCCUGCCCAGGCCAGCAUGGUUCGGCAUGGAACAGCUUGUCAAAGGUGCCAGAACUAGAGGUCAGAGUCUUUGAGGGAGAUGAAAUGUACCAGGGGGCUGUCCUUAGCCUCAAAAGAGGGCAUUUCCAGAAGAGUGCCUGCCAGUAGUCGUGGGCUCUGGGCCCAUCUGGAGGGUGGGUCCCUCAUGACCCAGCUGCCUCCCCAUGCAUAGGCUCUCCUUCCCCACAGGGGUACCCUUGUCUUCCGCCAAAAAAGAAUGCAGGGCACAUGGUGUGGGAUUUGGAGUCUACUAAGCCUGCUGAUUUAUUCCCAGUCAUCCAAAACCUGAAUUCUAGCCGAGUGUUUUUCUUUUAAUGAGAGAUCUUGCCCCUUUUUCAUAGCAUUACUCUGGCGUUUUUCCUCCCCUAAGAGGUUGCACUUUUUGUUUUGGGAUUAUUCAGCCCCAUAGGUUACUGGCUCCGGCCUUGGAAAAAUUAAAAGCCUUCCUUCUGUGGCGUUCUUCCAGCCAGCUGCCACCGACACUGUCCUGGGGUCACAGACCCAGACUUGUGUGCCUGGUAGGAAAGAAAGAAGGGUAAAUGGGGGCCUCCCAUUUUGGCCCCACCUCUCCUCACCCACCCCCUUGUCACUGACAUGGAUGAGGCCCACUUCUGGGUCUGUGGGUGCAGGAACCAGGCUUCAUCCUGCUGGCAUCCAUGACAGCUGUUGGUUCUCUUUCCCUGAAGCAAUUUCUUGCCAUCAACCAUUUGCUACUAUUCCAGGAGCUUCUGGGUUUUGUCCCUUGCAAGGGAUUAGGGACUUUACAGCUUUCUAAGUGGGGCUUGACUAAGAUAGGACGGUGGCAGGUGGCAGGCUGCCAGGAAGGAGGCUGUCAGGAGCCUGGAGCAGAUGGGAAAACUGUCCAUAGCCCUGCUUUUCUGGGCUCACCUCUAGGGGAGUCCAGCAGAGGGCUUGUCCAGGAGAAUGGUCAGCACCAAAGGACUUUGUUUGAAAAGGUAUUUUUUUGCACACGAGCUAACUCAAUGCAAGUUUUAUGUCCUGGCAACUUGCAGUUGCAUUCCAGUGACUUACAACGGCCAGUCUCUGGUGAAGAUCACUUAUAUUUCCAUGCCUUAGUUUAGCAAGUAGGCUCUAUCUUUUGCCAUUUCUGGAUUUUGUGUGCUGUGCUCCCAUUUCACUCAGCGUAAACUGUGAAAUGGUCUGAGUCCUGGCCAAUUGUCAGUUUUGGGGUUAUAAGGCAUUUCAGUGUGUGUGCUAACACUCCAUUUGCAAAUAAAACUAGAACUAAUGUUAUCUUGCGGGCCCCCACCCCCACCCCCCCAAUGUUCGUUCUAUGGAGAAGCUGAAUGGCAAGACCGACAAAGGUAUCUUCUUCCUGCCUGGUUAGUGGUGGCACAGGGACGAUAGCACUCAGCCUCUCCCUCCUAGUCUCAGCUGAGCGCUCCGACCACUUGCUUCCCCCGUAACAUGUCACUUCCAUUCCCAGGUUACAUGCUUACAUCAAGAGCGGAAUAUGCUGCAAAUAUUUCUACAUCCUUGCUUUUUUUUUUUUUUUUUUUUCCUCUUUAAAGAGAAUAAAGGACCGUGAAGGGAAGUGGUAUGGAGGCUUUCCAGCUGAACCCCAGAUGUGCUGGCUGGGAGCUUCUCUUGGGGCCUCCUGGGGCUCAGCAUAGGGGCAGACAUUACUGAUGAUCAGUGAAGGGCUCAGAGGGACUUUGCUUGGUGGGCUCAGCUUUGCUGGGAAACUCCUCUUAAUCUCCAGUUGAAAACCUAGUAGAAUUUUGAAUGAAAACAUCAAAGUUAAACCCUGCACCAGGCAGCAGAGCACUUGGAUUGCCAAGCAGGGAGGAGAGAUGGAUGCGGAUUGUGUGGCUGCCUACCACACCCUGCCCUGGCUCAUCACACCACUAUGGAACCUUGCAGAAUGGUACUCGUAAUGGUUUAAAACAACACUUGCAUCAUUGACUGUGUGCAGGAUGUCAAAUCAGUUUGGGUUUGCUUUAUUUUAUAUAUAUUUUUUUGGUAUCCUGUACAUUGCAGUGGGUGUGAAGAUAGUAUUUUAAUAUUUGUACAAAGUUUAAUUUAAUUUUAAUUCUAUGUAUAUAACUGCAUUUCUAAAUAAUAAAAAAAGUUCUUACGA